CUCUUUGUUUAUCGAAAUGCUACCACCAGUCCAUUGUUUUUAUCUGAAUUUCAAUUUAUUGAUGCAGUGUGCUAGGAUAGCGGCGUGACUUUGUGACUAUGCGCAACAAAAUGUUUUUCUCCUACUAAGACAUAUACAAAUAUGUCAAAACUCACUUCUAAAAAGUAAUGACGUCAGACCCUAAUAGCCUUCUGCUACGUUCUUUCCGUUCAGCCCCGUUCAUUGCGUUCAGUCCGAAAGCGACCGCCGCUCUGAGAGGUUGGACUGCAACGCGCGGGGGCCGCGGCUGCUUUGUGAAAUUUGUUUAAACCCGUCUUUCAGCUUCAAUUUAACACCACAAUCUUUAAGAAUCAAAACACAAGGACUCUGUGUUUUAAGGCAUUGAAGAAAAUAAAGGCUGCUGGUGCACCGCUUGGGCUCAGGCUAAAUUCCAGUUGCUAAGCCUUGAAUAGGGCAUUUUGACUGCUCAUCUGUUUUGCCUGCCUAUUAUAUUAUCAUAAAAAUGUCCAUCGCUGCUCUGCUUGAGGCUGCUGACUUCUUGGAAAGGAGGGAGAGAGAGGCUGAACAUGGAUAUGCCAUUGUGUCAGUUGUUCCUCUGCCAUCUCGUAAGGUGGAUUCAAAACUGAAGGCUGUCAAACAUCCUAGGUCAAAGAGGAGCUUCAGCCACAGGUCCACCCACAAUGAACUGGAGAAAAAUAGGCGCGCGCACCUGCGGGAGUGCCUGGAGCGGCUACGAGAGGAGGUGCCACCGUGCCCGGACUCGAAUCGAUCCACCACGCUCGGCCUGCUCACCAGGGCCAGGGACUUUAUCAGGCACCUGGAGGAGAAGGACCGGAUGAACUUCCGGUACAAGACGCAGCUGGCGCGCGAGCAGCGGCUGCUGGCCGAGCGUCUGGCGGCACUGACCCCCCGCUGGCGGACGCCGGCCAAGGCGCGGGCCUCGGACAGCUACAGCAGUGGCUCCGACUGGUCCUCCGUGUCCUCACUGUCGUCUGCCGGCUCCAACUUCGAGUGGGCCGACUCGGAUGACGUGGAGAGCGGCGGCGGCAGCCUGAGUCCCGGCUCGGACGGCAGUCAGGAGGAGGCUGACGGCGCCGCGCUGGGACUCGCCUCACUGGCGGUGACCACCGGCCGCCGCGCCCUGCUGGCCUGAGGCCGUCACUGGUCGGGUGUGGCGAACCCCACUGGAAAGUACCUGGUACUCUACCUCGGGGAGCGGCCGGCCUCCGGUCGACUCUGACGCUCUGCCGCUCCGAGCCACCCACCGCGCGGCGCACCCAUCGCCCACCGCCGGCCGGAGCUAACCAUUUUCCGCAGUGUACACGGGUCACGUACACCCGUGCUGUUAUUGGACGCACGAUCUCGAAGCUAAAUGAGCAAAUUAGGCCUAUGAUGAUUUUUGAUUGACCAAUAAUCUCCAGGCUAGUGCCGACCUAUGAAUGAAUUGGACAACGGAGCUUUACUGGCGUGUGCGUGUCUGUCAUUGUGGUGAUAUUUCGGGAGAGGCAGAGGGAGAGAGAGAGCAUGACGGACGGCUCGGAGCUGGAAGCUUUAGCGUGUAAGCGGCGCAGGGGCAGCCGGUUAUCGGCAGGUGCCGCCUGCCGGACAAUGUUAGCAACAUGUAAAUUCAUGCUAUCAAAAUGAGCGAGUCAGAGUUUUAUUUAACUCGGUUGGACCCAAGGUCGAGGCGCGUCUCGUGAGAGGGGAGGAAGCCUGUUGGCUGCGCGGGUGCUCGGUAUGUCAGGUACGGGCUCGCCUGUAUUGGGGCUGCCUCGUGGCGGAGGCUGCCUGGUGACGUCACGUGCGGGUGGGGACGGCGGCGCCGGCCGCCACCGCCCCCGCCCGCUGUCAGCGGCGUCUGAUUUGGUUCUCGGUGUGCGUGCAAAACGGUAUGUGCGGCUUUUAAAGGUACAAAACGCUUGCUGUUCGGCGCUGGGGCCUGCCGACAUUACGACUGGGCCGUGACCGGUGACAGGUCACCUUCCACAGAUCACCGGUGACCUGUCACAGGUCAUGGGUCACCUGUGACGGGUCACCGGUCACCUGCUGGCUGUCACCGGUUACCUGUCACUGGUCACCUGUGUCAGGUAACCCGUGACAGGCCACCUGGCGCCGUAAUGGCUCCGUCAGUCGGCGGCACGCAGCGCUGCAGGCUGUGCGCUGAAUAUGUCAAGCUUUAUUUAUUAGUUCUGUAGUGCGGCUGUCCAAUCGCCUCAAUGACCAGUGAUACCCGUGAUUGGGACCGUCUGUUACGCAGCGGGCGGCGCCGCAGCAAAUUUCCGCCGUCCGAGACCGUGCAUGUAACCUCAGUCGUUCGUAGCUGACUAGGUGCUAGGUAGGUAGGUAGGAACUGCAAUUCAACUCUCGUUCUCUCCUCAAUACAAUGUGGAAAUGUG